AUGGCCUCGCGCGGCGGCCCGGAGCACCCCCAAAGGCACUCGUCGAGGCAUCGCAGCCCGGUCAGCAUGGGCUUCGACAACGCUCGCACGCCCUUCAUCGCCCCGCGCGCAACUUGCGUCACCGGCCCGUCCUCCCGCAAAGUGCGCCCGCUCGCUGCGCGCAUCACCCGCGACUAUCUGCCGUCCCCAGUUCUCCUUGAUCGCGACGACGAGCAGACGUCCCGUACUCCGGUGCAUCAUCCGCCCCAAUGUCGACGACGUUCACCGCCGCGCAAGGUAAAUACAUUCUUCUUUUUGUGCGUCGCUCGUCGUCGCGCCCCGCACCGUCUCUCCACAGCCCGCCUCUUCCCCCCAAGCCCGCCCGCUCGCUCCCGGUCUUCGGCAUACGCUGCACCCGCCUCGGCCACCUCUGCUGCUGCCUCUUGCCAUCCAUCCUCCACGGCUGCCCACCCCAUCUUGACGCGCGCCGUCUCCUCGGCGCGUCUCGCACGGCGGCUCGCACCACAGCCUCCUAUCGUGCACCAUCGCCUGUUCCUCUCGCUUCCGCCUCCAUCACGCGUCGUCAAGCAUGACGCCCCAUCAUCCUCUCAUCCCGCGCAUACAGGUACGUCAUACAUGCCACAACACGGCCUCUCCGUCUUCACGCCACUGCGCCGCCCCCCGCGCACAACAGCGACGCCUGCAGCCAGCGCGCCGUCGAGAGCACCCACGCGCGAUCCUCGCGUCCUCGCUAGCACACAUGUCACAGCCCGCUACUGA